CCAAGCCGCUGGCAGGGUGGCGCCCGGGUCUGUGCUGGCUUCCGAGCCCGCGAGCCCGCCCGAGACCACGUGGGGCGUUGGCGGCGCGGGCGGAACCCAGGCUCGGCGGCUCGCGGCCCGCCCGGGCCUCUGCAGCUGGGGCGCCGGCGGAAGUGGCGGCUCCAGCCGCUGCAGACCUCGUUUCUUAUCAGGUCACACCUUGACUCCCAAACCUCCAAGGACUCCCCUAUGCUGGCUGAAAAAAACUGCCCUGCUCCCAGGGCAGGGGUGAUGGCCCUGACUCUGUUAUCAGACCAGCCUGGAUUUGCUCCCUUUUCCUGCCAAUCGCAAGCCUGCACCCAGUCAAUGAUUUGGCAUCGUCCAGCUUCAGUUUCCUCUUCGGGAAAAUGGGGCUUGUGCAGGAUCCUUUCUUGCAAGGAGCUGACAGUUGAGCUGCAGAGACAGCAAGAGCCUCACAAGAAAAAGGACAAUCCCAAUCGCCCCUCCAGGAUAAUGCAGACUCCACUGACCACUACUGUGCCCGUGCUCCGGCUCCCCCGGGGCCCUGAUGGCUUGAGCCGAGGCUUUGCCCCCGACGGACGCAGAGCCCUCCUGAAACCGGUGGUUCCUGAAAUCCCGGAGUCUCAAGAAUCUCGGGAAUCCCAGGAACAGCGGGCCCGAGCCGCCCUUCGGGAGCGCUACCUCCGCAGCCUGCUGGCCAUGGUGGGGCGCCAGGUGAGCUUCACGUUGCACGAGGGUGUGCAUGUGACCGCCCACUUCGGAGCCACUGACCUGGACGUGGCCAACUUCUACGUGUCGCAGCUGCAGACUCCGAUAGGCGUGCAGGCUGAGGCGCUGCUCCGGUGUAGUGACAUUAUCUCAUACACCUUCAAACCGUAAAGAUGUGAUCGUGUUCAUCUUUCUUCCUUGGGCGUAGCCACAGCCUCCCAGGCCUCCAUAUUCUCCUGAGCUUGGACCUCUGGGCCCCAGAGAGUUCGGAACACCCUUGGAAUUUUGAGCCAAGCUUCAAGCAACUCUGGCUUCUUGGGACAGUAAAAUUCUGCGGCCCCAGGAGUUCUAGAUCCUCUUGAAAGGAAGGCUGUACCUCACAGAACUCUAAACUGUACAGAUACAUGGGCCUCAUGCCCAUUCCUGAAGAUUCCGGAUGGAGAAAGGGAAUAAAGGAAGGCAAAUUG